AGUAUACUAGUUUGGUUGUACUGUAACUUGUUACUAAGUAGGGCAGACCGGAAAAUUCAUUUCGCCGGCAUGGCCACCUGAGCUCCCUUACAUGACGUCGCCCUAUUCUAGCGAAGCCAGGAGUUUGCUUUCUCGCCUAAAACCUGCCUUCCAGAGGUUGAAGUGCAGCUUUGUCGAAGAAAGGAGUCGCGCACAUUUUUCUUCUCAUAUGGGUGAAGGCGAGUUCUCCAAAUGGAGGAAGUUGGACUCUAGGAAAUUUGGGUUAGAAAGGCCAAAAAUAUCUGUUGCUUCUUGGACAGUUUUGAGGAAUUUACGUGCAAAAGGAUUUGAGGCCUACUUAGUUGGUGGAUGUGUUAGAGACUUACUUCUCAAUAAGGUGCCAAAGGACUUUGACGUGAUCACAACAGCAGGGCUUAAACAGGUCAAGAGGACAUUUCAGUGUGCAUUAAUUGUUGGAAAGCGAUUCCCUAUAUGUAUAGUCACUGUAAAAGGCUCUGCGGUGGAGGUAUCAAGUUUUGACACUAUAGCCAAAGAUUCUGGAGAAAAAGCAGAAGUCUCCCAAAAGCCGAGGGGUUGUGAUCCAAGAGACUUUCUUCGCUGGAAAAAUUGCCUGCACAGAGACUUCACGGUGAACAGCUUAUUUUUUGAUCCUUUUGCAAAUGUGAUCUAUGACUAUACUAAUGCAAUUAUGGACUUGAAGUCUUUGAAGCUAAGAACAGUGAAACCAGCUCACUUGUCAUUCAAAGAGGAUCAAGCGAGGAUUUUGCGUGGAUUGAGACUUGCAGCUCGUCUCAACUUGUCAUUUUCUGAGGAGACAGAGAAUGCUCUAUAUAGCCUCUCUUCAUCAGUUGCUAACCUGAGCACGUCCAGGAUAUUUAUGGAGAUGAAUUAUAUGCUCUCAUAUGGAGCUGCUGAGCGCUCCCUUCUUAAGCUUAAAAGGUUUCAGCUACUAGAUAUAUUGCUACCAUUAAAUGCAGCAUAUCUUUCCAAGCAGGUACAUAAUCAACUUGGUAUACGUUCCUCAGUUUUAAUGAAAUUAUUUUCCAAUUUGGAUCAGUUGAUUACUUGUGACCGACCUUGUAAUGACAGUUUGUGGGUUGCAAUCUUGGCGUUUCACCUGGCAAUAUGUAGUAAUCCUCAACAUCCUAUCGUCAUUUUGACCUUUACCUCACUUCUGCAUUAUAGAACGAUGGAAGAAAGCAUAAGAUUUGCAAGACAAAAUGCUCAAGCUACCAGAACUGACAUGCCUGAAAUCAUGGGUGUUCUCGACAAUUUACUGGAUGAUGAAAUAGUAGAAAGAGUGACUUUGUUUAUUGAGCAAGUCAUAAAUUCUGUACAUGUUCUGAUCAAGAAAGAGUCUCUUUUGGAAUCAAUAACCAGGUUUCCCGAGUUUCCAUCUUCUGGUUUGGUUUUCAUACCUCAAAAAAUGGGGCAGAAAGUAAAGAAUAUUUUUAACAUUUUGGGCAAUGGUGUCAAUUCUGUAAAGGCCAAUGAAAGAGGUCAGGAGUUACGUCACCAGUUGCUAAAAGAAGGAAAUGUAAAUGAGACAAGGUUCGUGCUUGGUAAGAUUCUAGCGACAACUCUGCUUCACAGUAAAAAGCGAACACAAGGAUCGGAUGCUGAAGAUGGAAAGAAUGAUUUACUUGUAACAGACCAACAACAGAAGUUGGGAGAUUUUGAACAGACUCGGAAUACAGCAGGUCAUCUCAGCAACUAUUUUGCUAUGGAUACAAAUGUGAACAAGAGGAGAGCAACACCAUCAAGCUACAAGAAAUUGUCUGAUGUUGCUACUAAGAGGACAAGGUUAUCCGAUGGAGAAUGGGGGAGUAAGGGUCGUGACUCACACAGUCAUGGAUCAAAUCCAGGUAAGAAGAUUCUGAAAGACGACCAUGUGAAUGCAGAGACUCGCAGUAAUAGAUAGCUCUGCCAUAUGGUUGAUCAAAGUGAGCAGCGAUACUGCGACGUAAGAAGAUAAUUCUCGGUCCACUGAGUUUGAUUCAGUUCAAGACUUUGAGGUAUCUCUGCCAACUCUGUAUUUUUUGGCUCGCGGGAAAGGUUCGUUCAUAGGGAAAUUGAUGUGAAACAUAGCUUAAGCAACAAUUAACUAUAUCCCAUUCAAGAAGCAGUUCUUUUGUUGGAACAUUUUGAUGUUAUAUGCAUGUCUUUGGUUCUACUUAUAGUAUGUAUUAGUUAGUUGAUAUCUGAUUUUCGCUUGAUGUUUAAACUAUUUUUAGUGUUGUAUUUAUCUUUAAGAUGUUCGAUUAUUUUAUAAUUGAACCACCAUGUUUGAUAUUUUUCAAUCAGAUUUACAAGUUACAACCACUUUUAUUAUACUCCCUUUAGUU